AUGGCUGAGGUGCAUAUGCAGCAUGAGGCCGCCAACGCUGAGUACCAGGAAGAGCUGAGACAUCGACCUGAGAUACUCAACAAACUGUCAUUCACGCGUAAGAUCUGCGACGUGCUGCAAGAGUCGAGCGAGCGGCUGCAGGAGACGCUGUCGCGCUGCAAGGCGGACGGCGCCACACUGUACACAGCAUUCAACAGCUCCGCGGAGCAGCUACGGGAGAUGCGCCAUAAGCAGGUGCAGCAGGACGAGAAGGUCAAACAUCAAGUUGAAGGCCUGCAAGAGAAAGUGUCGCUGUCGAGCAACCACUCCAGCGAGCUGGUUGAAUACCUGACGAGCGCGAAGCAGCAGGUGGAUGGUGAGCUAACGGAAGUGCGCGCGCAGCUCGCGACCGCUAACGCCCGCAACAACGACCUGCUCACCGCCCUCGGUGACAGCAACAGGGAAAUAGACAGCCACAAAUAUGAGACGGACAGGAAAGAUGAUAUGAUAACGCAUCUUCAACGUGAAAUGAAGAGACACGAAGAUGAAUACAACAUCCAAACCAGCAACGCGAACAAAACCCUCGCACAGAAAGAUAAAGAGAUUCAAGAAGCAAUAGAUGCUGUUCAAUCUCUCAAGCAAGCGUUGAUGAACCAAGAACAAUUUAUAAAGAGCGUGAGCGACGAGAGAAACUCACUGCAAGAGAAGGUGGCUGACUUGGAGGAGGAGCAGCAGCGUCUGGUGGCUGCUAUGGAGUCACUCAAGAUGCAGAUGCAGGAUACAAACUCCGCCAGAGCAUGUGUAGAAGAGAAUUUGAAUAAGGCAUUAAAUGAAAAUAACGAUUUAAAAAAAGAAAAUUUUGAUUAUGUUCAAGAAAUGGAGGAUUUACAAAUGCAAAUAAAUUUAUUGGAAAAGGAUAAAACACAAAUCAAUGAUGAAUUGCAACAAAGUAAGAAAGAUUCCAAUGAAAAAUUUGCACAAAUACAGCAGCUGGUGACUGAAAAGAAACAGCUCGAGGAUCACAUCGAAGAAAUUAAAAAUAACGCUAAAGCUUACCAGGAAAUCGCCGAAGGUAAACAAAAGGAUUUGGAUAAUGAAAUAGAUACGAAAGUUAAUGCAAUAAAUUGUCUCAUGUCUGAGGUGAAGACAGCGACAGAUGUAAAAUUUAAACUAGCCAAGGUUAAGAAAGAGAUGGAGCUAGAAAGAGACGCUAUGAAAGAAAAGGAAGAGAAAUCGAAGAAAGAAAUUAAAAAGCUUCAAGAUAGCGUUCGAGUCAAGGAAGCUGAACUUACUCAGAACAUGUCUAUGAUUCUGGAGUUAAGGAGCGAAAAGGGUCGUCUGCAGCAGACUAUCCAAGACAUGCAGAAAACAGACAACGUGGAGAAGAAGUUGACCGGCCGGCGCUGGCCGCCCCCUAAGGAACAUUUCGUCCUCGAGCUCGACGAUAACGCCGUCAUGAUGACCCCCCCUCGCGCGGUCGGCUUUAAUACAUAUACUGCAGCACUCAUAGUCGUUAAUUGA